AUGCGCUUGGGCGCCACCGAUGAAGACUUGGCCCUCUAUCGCCCUUUGGAUAAGAAGGACCUGCACAUGAAGACUGCCGUCAUCGAGGCUAGCACCUCUGGGCUCAGGAACGUCAACCUGGCUUGGUUCUGGACCAUGGAUGUUGCUGGAGAUCGAGGUUCAUCAGAAUGGAUGGACAAGUUCUAUAGAGUGAAUUGGCUGCGUGCCAGAGCUCGAUAUGAGAGAUGGAGGGAGGAGCGUGUCUUGGUCCACUCGGAAAUGGCCUGGACCAUAGCCACCUUCAAGCGGAAUGCGGAACGAUGA